UAUUUGAAUAAGCCGGGCUUACGUUUCGAUGAACCACUGGAUUCUCAGAUUUCAGUCGACGGUCUGGAAAAGAGUAUGCGCAUGCUAAGCAUGGAACGAAUUCUUCGUGUGUUCAUUAUUUCUGGAACUUCGGACUCCACACUGUUCCCCAUGAGGCAACGGGUCCGUGUUCUGUUUCUCUUCGCAGAUGAUGAAGACAAGCGGAUCGGUCACCCGUAUCAAAACCGAACACCGCCAAAACGCAAGAAGCCGAGGACUUCGUUUACCAGGGUGCAAAUCGCCGAAUUGGAGAAACGUUUCCACAAGCAAAAGUACCUGGCCUCUGCAGAAAGAGCUUCGCUCGCCAAAACCCUCAAAAUGACAGACGCUCAAGUCAAGACCUGGUUCCAAAACCGACGCACGAAAUGG